UGUUACACCCCCUCGCCUGUAGAUGGCGGUAGAGCGUGUCCCCCUCCAGCCUCCCACCAGAGAGGAAGUGGACGUGCUGGUGUUGUGGUCGCGUGCUCGUGAUUCUCAGACACCGGAGUUUAGAGUUUCACUGUCAUUUUAUAUAUUUUGGUCAGAAACAAACAUGUACCGCUGCAUGACGAGGUUGACUGAGCAGCGUUGGAAGUGCUCAGUUCGUUGUAUGAGCUCUGUAGCGAAGAGGAGGAAAUCUCUGCACAGUGCCUUCCCAGUGCUGGAUCUCCCCCUGCAGCCCAUCCACCAACAUGUAUAUGAAGCUAACCUCCGCAACAGCAGCGCCUGUUACAAGAAGUUCAUGGAGUUGAGUGAGAAGGUGAGGAAAGGUGGAGGGGAGAAUGCCAUUGCUAGGCACACAAAAAGAAACAAGAAGCUACUGGUCAGGGAUCGUCUGCGCCUCCUGCUGGAUGAUGAAGAUUUUCUAGAGCUGUCACCAUUCGCGGGUCUGGGUCUGCCUUACGGGGACAUCCCAUCAGCCGGCUGUCUGACUGGUAUCGGCAGGAUCUGUGGUCUGUGGUGUGUGUUCAUUGCCAACGAUGCCACAGUGAAAGGCGGCACAGCGUAUCCAAUCACAGUGAAGAAGCAACUAAGAGCGCAAGAGGUGGCCAUUCAGAACCGCCUGCCUUGUGUUUACCUGGUCGACUCUGGAGGAGCUUUCCUGCCACUGCAGUCAGAGAUCUUUCCGGAUAAGAACCAGGGAGGAAGAACUUUCUAUAAUGAAGCCAUCAUGUCUGCCAUGAAGAUCCCACAGGUGUCAGUGGUGUGUGGGUCAUGCACAGCGGGUGGAGCUUACAUCCCCACUAUGGCAGAAGAGGCAGUGAUGGUGCACCGGAUAGGGACGAUAUUCCUGGGAGGACCUCCGCUUGUCAAGGCCGCCACAGGAGAGGAAGUGUCACCAGAAGAUCUGGGAGGAGCCAAGCUUCAUGCUGAAGUGAGUGGCUGCGUGGAUCAUUUUGCCUGGGAUGAAAAGGAGGCGUACGAUCAUACCAGAAAUAUAGUUUCCACCCUCAAUUUCCAGCUGCCUGAGGAGAAGGAGGAGGAGGAGGAUGAGGAGAAGAUGAAGAAGAGGAAAGCAGAGGAGGAGCCACUGUACAGUUCAGAGGAUCUUCUGGGUCUCGCUCCACUGAGUUAUAACCACAGUCUGGAUGUUAAAAUGGUCAUCAGUCGGCUGACAGACGGGAGCUGCUUCCAGGAGUUUAAAGCUCGUUUUGGAACCACUCUGAUAACUGGCUUUGCAAAGAUACAUGGCCACCUGGUGGGAAUAGUAGCCAACAACGGAGAGCUGUCGUACCAGGCUGCCCUGAAAGGAAGUCAUUUUAUUCAGAUAUGUGACCAGAGGGACGUCCCACUCCUCUUCCUCCAGAACACAGCGCCCACAGCAGCACUAACUCUCUCCACGACACAGGCGGAGAUGAACAGUAACCGUCUGAAGGCUCAGGGUUCGAUGCUGUCAGCAGUAGCGUGCGCCUCCGUCCCCAAAAUCACUGUGGUGAUUGGUGGUUGCCACGGCGCUGACAGCUACGCCAUGUGUGGACGGGCCUUUGACCCUAAUUUCCUGUUCCUGUGGCCCAACGCCAGAGUGUCGAUGGUGGCUCCGGGUCAUUCUGGCUCUCUGCUUCCCCCCGACAGUGAGCAGGAGGAAGAGCAGAGGAAGAAGCAGGAGGACGACUUGAAUCGGCGAUUGGAGGAAGAGAGUUCAGCUUUCUUCUCCUCUGGGCGGCUCUGGGACGAUGGAGUCAUUCUGCCUCAGGACACCAGGAAGGUUCUCAGAGACUGUCUGGACAUCAUUCGACAGCAGCGUUAUCAGCUUUCUACAGAAAAAGUGCAGUCACCACUGCUACGCAUGUAGAGGCGUCCGUCCACCUCGUCUACGGACACUUCAGACAUGUGUCCAUCACUUUGACUAAUUUAUUAUUCUUCGUGUUUCCAGUGUGUAAACAGGAUUCACACCGAGCUCUGUUCCGUUGUCAGUUUGCGUGGAACCUCGGGUGAACGAGGAGGAGUCAAAGCCACAGCUGGCACAGAGAUGACUUCAUUGCUAAUUAUCAAGAGUCAUUUUGUUGGUGGCUAAUGGAUCAAACACACUUGAAGGUUUGAGGUUUUGAACGACGAUGGAUGUAAAGCUUGAAGUUGUGUCUGAUUUUUGCGCACAACACUUUAGUUCUGUCAGUUUUUCAACUCCAGAGACUAAUGACUACCUCGAUGUCCCCUGAACUUACAGUCACAGAACUGUUGAUGCAUCAUCAGGAAUGAAAACUACAGUGAUAACCAUGUGGCCAAACAGCAGCUCACUUGUCUAAUGUAGCCUUAACUCAGUCCGGGAGAGAUUGUGUGUUUGUUUGUGUUUGAUUUUCAUAGAUUAUCACCUGACAAAUAAAUGUGUCCAAC